AUGUCACAUCUGCAAUAUUUCAACUACGACAGCUGGGGUCAGAAAGCAAAGCGAGGAUUCUAUUACAGCCAAGCCGUCCGCAUUGGCGAUCGUAUCGAAUGCGCAGGCCAAAGCAAAUUGACCAAGCUUUCGCCAGUAUGGACUUGGACCCGAAGCAUGCUGGAGGAAAAGACAGGGAGCAGAAAACUCAUGCCUAAGAUCAAUGACAAGACCAUGGAGGCGGUGGUUCGGAACUCCACAAAGUGA